AAGAAAAAGGAAAAAGCUCCGCCCUUUUUUUACUAAAUCUCCAAAAUACCCCUGAUCCACACUGUUUCUUUUCAAAUCACUGGUCUCAUUUCCGAUAAUAAACCUUUUCCUCUCUUUGGUUUUCCUUCUUGAUGGAGCUUCAGAGGUGCGAGGAACAGGGCCUGCAAGAACGAAAGGGGCAAAAACGGAAACUUGAGGAAGAAAUUCAAGAGGAUAGAGAUGCUACUCCGCUACCUACCGGCGACGCCCGCCGUGCUCUCUUGGCCGAAGUCACCGCUCAGGUUAAGGUCCUCGACUCCGCCUUCUCCUGGCACGAAUCCGAUCGCGCCGCUGCCAAGCGUGCCACUCACGUGCUCGCUGAGCUCGCAAAGAACGAGGAAGUUGUUAAUGUGAUCGUUGAAGGUGGUGCGAUUCCAGCUCUAGUUAAGCAUCUGCAAGCACCUUUGUCUGAUGAAGGUGACCUAAGCUUGAAGCCUUUUGAGCACGAGGUUGAGAAAGGAAGUGCUUUCGCUUUGGGACUUCUUGCCGUAAAGCCAGAACAUCAGCAACUUAUAGUUGAUUCUGGGGCCUUGUCGCAUCUUGUGAAUUUGUUGAGGCGACACAAGGAUAGUUCUACUUCUCGUGCUGUGAUCAGUGUCAUUAGAAGAGCGGCUGAUGCUAUCACCAACCUUGCUCAUGAGAAUAGCAGCAUUAAAACCCGUGUCAGAAUGGAAGGUGGAAUUCCACCUCUUGUUGAGUUGCUUGAAUUUACUGACACAAAGGUGCAAAGAGCAGCUGCUGGGGCAUUACGAACCCUGGCAUUCAAAAAUGAUGAAAACAAGAAUCAGAUCGUUGAAUGCAAUGCUCUUCCUACUCUCAUCUCGAUGCUGAGAUCAGAUGAUGCUGCCAUACACUAUGAAGCGGUUGGUGUGAUUGGCAAUCUGGUGCAUUCAUCACCGAACAUAAAAAAGGAAGUUCUCGCUGCUGGGGCUUUGCAACCUGUCAUUGGUUUGCUUACCUCCUGCUGCUCAGAAAGCCAAAGGGAGGCUGCUUUGCUACUUGGGCAAUUUGCCGCAACUGAUUCUGAUUGCAAGGUUCAUAUUGUACAAAGGGGUGCUGUCAGACCCUUGAUUGAAAUGCUUCACUCUCCUGAUAUACAGCUGAAAGAGAUGUCAGCCUUUGCUUUGGGGAGGUUGGCACAGGACACGCACAAUCAAGCUGGUAUUGCACAUAUGGGUGGUUUGGUGCCUUUGUUGAAGCUUCUAGAUUCAAAGAAUGGAUCUUUGCAACACAAUGCUGCAUUUGCUCUUUAUGGUCUUGCAGAUAAUGAGGAUAAUGUAUCCGACUUUAUUAGGGUGGGUGGUGUCCAACGGCUGCAAGAUGGAGAAUUUAUUGUUCAAGCGACAAAAGACUGUGUAGCCAAGACAUUGAAAAGACUAGAGGAGAAGAUUCAUGGGCGAGUUUUGAACCAUUUGCUGUAUCUGAUGCGUGUAGCCGAGAAGCCUGUCCAAAGACGAGUGGCUUUUGCUCUAGCUCAUCUUUGUUCUCCUGAUGAUCAGAGAACUAUAUUCAUUGAUAAUAAUGGACUUGAGUUGCUUCUUGGGCUUCUUGGUUCUACGAACCCUAAACAGCAACUUGAUGGUGCUGUAGCUCUGUACAAGUUGGCCAACAAAGCUAUGACGCUUUCUCCUAUGGAUGCAGCUCCCCCUUCUCCAACACCACAGGUCUAUUUGGGGGAGCAAUACGUCAACAAUGCUACAUUAUCUGAUGUUACUUUCCUAGUUGAAGGUAGACGGUUCUAUGCGCACAGAAUCUGCCUUCUUGCUUCUUCAGAUGCAUUUCGUGCUAUGUUUGAUGGUGGUUAUCGGGUGAGUUCCCUUCUGUGGUGUUUUAAUGUUCCAGUUGGUUGUCCUUCCUCUUCCAGAUCGGUGCCUAGGGUUUCUUUCCCCCUUGGUGUUCGGGAAAAAGAUGCAAGGGAUAUUGAAAUUCCAAACAUUAGAUGGGAGGUUUUCGAGUUGAUGAUGCGAUUUAUAUACACUGGAUCAGUAGAUGUUUCAUUGGAUAUUGCACAAGAUCUGCUUGGAGCUGCUGAUCAAUAUCUUUUGGAAGGGCUUAAGCGACUCUGUGAGUACACCAUUGCACAGGAUGUAACACUGGACAAUGUUUCUAGCAUGUACGAACUCUCCGAAGCUUUUCAUGCUAUAUCAUUGAGGCACACUUGCAUUUUGUUUAUCUUGGAGCAUUUCUCUCAAUUGAGCGACAGACCCGGGCACUCACAUCUGAUCCAGCGUAUAAUUCCAGAGAUCCGCAAUUACUUUGCGAAAGCGCUUACGAAUCCUAACCCACAUAACCAGCGGCCGUAGAAGGCAACCAGUGGCUGUAGAAGGCUGGUUUUUAACUCAUCUCAUCUCUAACAAGAUACGUUGAUGUACAGAAAUGUAGUAGCUGUUGUUGAUGUGGAGCCAAUUGAAGGUUCUCUAAUUCGUUUCUUUGUAGCACGGUUCGUAAUCGUUUCCGAUGCCCGAGUUGUUUCGUGGUGUUUGUAGAAAACAAGGUGUAAGUUUCUCAUUUUAAUUCAUUGUCUUGUCUGCAUUUAGAUGUUUACACGAACAAAAACCUGUAUCACGAUUUGUUAGCUAUUGGACUUUGCUUUAUUAA